CCUCCGCCCUCGCCGUUCUCGCCCCGUCCGCUCAGCCAGCGCCUGCCUUUCUUCCUCCCUCGCAGCCAUGAUCGUAGACAGUAGCCGCGACCCGGACAGCGAUUUCGGCUCCUCCUCUUCUUCCUCCUCCUCCCUCGGGAGCCCCUUCAACUUGGCCUUCUUCUACGGAGCCUCGCCUAAUUCCAGCGAGGGCAGCCCCUCGCCCACCCACUCCUCUCCGGGCUCCCCGCCGGGAUCCGACGCCGAGCUUUCCGGCCAGGGUUGCUAUGGCGACGGGAGGCGGCUUGUUGGACGGAGUGGUGCGCGCGCAGCCGACGAAGCAGUUAAACAACAUAUGGGGGGAGGAAAGCAACAGAGAGGACCUUUCCAAGGUGUUCGUGUGAAAAAUUCUGUGAAGGAACUGUUGUUGCAUCUUAGAAACAACAAACAGAUGUCCUCCGAUCACGGCGCUGGUGAAUUAAAGGCACAAGGAGGAUUAGUAAAUUAUGAUCCUUACACAGAGCUGAAGAACAUAAUAACCCGCAGCCGGAAACGAAAAAACCAUGAAUCUUUUUCUGAUGGUCCUAGUUAUAAGAGAUCAGCAAUUUUCCAACCUCACCUCUUGACACCUCCACAGACACCAACAUCGAUGGAAAGCAAUAUGGAGGAUGCCCAUAUGAAUGAGCCCAAACAAGAUGGCAGCUGUGAUAUGCUGCAGAACAUUAUUAAUAUUAAAAAUGAAUCCAGUCCAAUUUCCCUGAACACAGUUCAAGUUAGCUGGCUUCACGGCGCAGCUAAUCCCAACUCUCCAGGAGAACAAUAUCAAGAGAUUGCUGGAACACAAGCCUUUUCAUCUCCUGAGAAGUACCAAACAUUUCAAACAAGCAGUCCAUCACAAAUGUUGGAACUGCCCCAGAAUUAUCAGUUUUCUCCCCCACAGACCCAGGAACUGUCACAGCACUACAGCCAGAAUUCACUCCUUGAUUACAGACCACAGUCUGCAAGCAGCCAGUCUUCUGAUUAUCAACAAAGUCUUUAUGAAAGCCAAGAGCUGUCGUAUGGCGCUACUUCGAGCUUUGCUUCUCUCUUAAAUGACUCAGAAGAUCUCGAUGCCAUCUCCAACUCACUCUCUCAAGCCCUCUCUGGUGGCCACCAGCAAACUGGUAUGAGCAGCCACUCUCAGGCUUAUAGCCAGCUGCCCAGUAAUAUGUGCAGUGGUGUUGAAGAGCAUGGGUUACCGAUGUCUGCUUCGAAUAUGCCUCUGCAACACCAGGACAUUACUGGGAACACAGCGCAACUGGGCAAAUCAUUCUUCCAGUGGCAAGUGGAACAGGAAGAAAACAAAUUGGCCAACCUUUCUCAAGAUCAAAUCCUUGCCAAAGAUUCUGAUGGUGACACGUUUCUUCAUAUUGCAGUUGCCCAGGGACGCCGGGCAGUAUCCUAUGUCUUGGCAAGAAAAAUGGCAGCUCUCCGUAUGAUGGAUAUUAAGGAGCAUAAUGGCCAGAGUGCCCUGCAAGUGGCUGUGGCAGCAAACCAGCAUCUAAUUGUACAGGAUUUGGUUAGCCUUGGGGCCCAAGUGAAUACUACAGAUUGUUGGGGUAGGACACCGUUGCACGUGUGUGCUGAAAAAGGCCAUGCACAAGUCCUUCAGGCAAUUCAGAAAGGAGCUAUUGUAAGCAAUCAAUAUAUAGACUUGGAGGCAACUAAUUAUGAUGGUUUGACAGCAUUGCACUGUGCAGUCAUAGCCCACAAUUCUGUGGCACAUGAUCUACAAUGCCAGCAUUCACCCCACUCUCCUGAGGUCCAGGAGUUGAGGUUGAGAAGCAAGAGGUUGGCAGACACCAUUAAAUUUCAAAUCCAGAUGGGAGCAUCUGUGGAAGCUAGGGAUCGUAAAAGUGGCCGUUCAGCUCUUCACUUGGCAGCCGAAGAAGCAAAUGUUGAGCUCAUUCGCCUGUUUUUGGAGCUGCCCUCUUGCCUUUCUUUUAUCAAUGCCAAGGCUUACAAUGGCAAUACAGCACUCCAUGUAGCUGCCAGUUUGCAGCACCGGGUGACUCAGUUGGAUGCAGUCCGUUUGCUGAUGCGUAAAGGAGCAGAUCCAAGUGCCAGGAACUUGGAAAAUGAGCAGCCUGUUCACCUUGUUCCUGAUGGACCAGUGGGAAUUGAGAUCAGACGGAUCUUGAAAGGGAAGACGACUCAGCAGAGAUCAUCCCUCUGUUAAGCUCCAUGAGUACCAAUGACCUACACUCGCUGUCAGUUAGGCAGCCCCGAUGUAACUGUAAAUAGACCAUUUGUCCAGUUGGGACAAAUGUUAGUUGUUUCUAUGAAACAAGAAUAUUUUGUUCACUAUUAUAUAGUGGGUUAAUGGAAAUUCUUCUGAGCAGAUGGGAAUGCUUAAUACCCAGGUAUUCUGUCUCAGUCUGAAUAAUUGACUUAGAUGACAAUCUUGGCCAUAUUAUGUGGGAAGAAGACACGUUCAAUAGUGACGAUUUCUGAGUGGACUGGUGUAGGACUGAAUGUUACUGACUUUCAACAGUAGCAUAAGUAUCGAGCAUGAACAAACAUCUUUUAAAGAGGCACUUAGAACAUGUUAAUGCUUUUUAGGAUAUAGAUACUUUAGAAUAUAAGUCUAACAUUACUUUUUAUAAUAAUAUUAGUGUUAGUUACUUUGUGAUUUUUAAUGUUACUUUGCUGAAGUUUGAUAAAGCACCUAUUUUAAUUUCAUAUAGCGUGCAAUUACAUAUUAUAAGCUUUUCAUAAUAUUUCUAUGUUUAAAUUGAAGGAGUUGAUUUUUUAUGGGGGAUGCUUAGCAAGUUGGGAUAGAAAGGGAAUAUAUUCCAUCUGUGCAGUUUUCAUCAGCCAUAGCAGCAGUUCAUUAAAAAAAACUUUAAGAAUAAUUUUGGAUGUGUGUUUUAUUCCUAUUAAAAAUUGUCAGAUCAAUCUCUGUAUAUUAUAGUAACAGUCAUUACUCUUCUUCCAAGUUAGGACUGCAUUUUUUGGUUUAUUGAUUGUCCCAACUAGAGUAGAUUUAUUGUUUUAAUGGUAAAUUUGAUUAGUUUGCACUUCUGCACAUUCCACUGAUUGAAUGAAUCUACUGUGAGAGCUAAAAGGCAGGUCAAGAUUGCACAUUGAGGGUUGAGCACGACCUCUAGCAUAUCUGGCAGCUGAACUUGCAAAUGGCAUGAAGUUUUUCAGGAAGGUGAAAUGGAUCUCUCCAAAAACAUGGAGGCAGCUGUCUGAUAAAUGGUUGUUAGGUACAAGAUGGACUUUUGUUUUGAAGCAGUAAGAUUCUCUUUCUUAUAUUCUUUAUGCUGAAUUUGAUUCUUCAUUAUUGAAUUGAGAAACGUGCUUCUCAGGGAUCUGCUUAUAUUUAGUUCUGUUGUAGUAUUUUACCUUAUAGGUAUAGUAGGUAUGACAAUAUUAAUGUUUUAAGAAUGAGGUGGGUUUCUCCCCCCAAAAUUUUGUAUUGUUAUUUUAAUGACUGUUAAUAAAACAUAUUCAAGAAUGUCCUGUAGCAAUAGCUCUCAAAAGAGUAUAGUUUGAUUUCAAAUUUAGUUCAAUUUGUACGCUUGCUGUUUCCUGACUAUCCUGCCUUAUAUAUUUUUUCCAUUGUUAAUUUGAUCAUAUUGUUUGACCAAGUAUGUCUUGUAGACAAAUUACUGGAGAAAUUGCACCUCCAAAUAUUAAAGUAGUUCUUAAUUCUUGCAAUAGCAGAUUCAAUAAAUUUGUUUUAAUCAUUAA